AUGCACAGUCCGCUCGGUGUUGAUUGCUUCCCUACAUGUUUCAACGCACGGCUCGAGGACUACCCCACUCAAACCGACACCCACGAUACUCCCAACGCUCGGGGGCGACUGCAAACCGCCCGUCGUCGCGAGCAGUGCCGCCUUAACCAGGCCCGCUACCGACUUCGCCAGGACCGGAAGGUCCAGCUGCUGAACGAGACCGUGACCAAACUCCGCGAAGAAAUCCCCUUGCUGGGGCUUCAGCGAGACCGCAUCUUGUUCGGCACCAAGCAGAGCAUCUUCAAUGUGGUGGUUGAGUACUUCCAUCUCUUCCGGCACGGGGUCCGCUUGGGCAACUACGUGCCAGACUCGCAGACGCAGCACCAACAAGUGUUCCUGCGCUCCGCCAUGUGUCCCAACGUCCUUCUAGGCGAGCGGCAGGGCGUGCACGCACUCAUGGAGCAGUGGCGCCGGUACUCGUCGUACUUCGAGGACCUCAACUUCCAGCUGGAGCACAUGGACGAGAGGCUGAAGAACCUCGUCACCGUUUCGGCCUCCAUGACUGUGACCAUCACUGAGGCCACUCUGAAGCACGUCUUUCCCCAUUUGGUCAACUCGAAGCUGGGCGAGACGCUGCUGGGGCGGCGCUUGAUGCUGCCGUGCUCGCUCUGCUUCGAGUGGGACGACGCUAGCAGCCACGUCGUGCAGCUGGAGAUGACGGUGGACUUCCUCACCCCCGUGAACCGAGUGCUGAACUCGCUGAGUGACACCGCGUUCGUGCUCGGCCAGGCGCUCGUUACUCUCGACGGGUCCAUUGGCAAGUUCGACACGUGGGAGUAA